AUGGCCGGUGCCAUAGCGUCUCGGAUGAGCUUCAGCUCCCUGAAGAGAAAACAGCCGAAAACCUUCACUGUGCGGAUUAUUACCAUGGACGCCGAGAUGGAGUUCAACUGUGAGGUGAAGUGGAAAGGGAAAGAUUUGUUUGACUUGGUGUGCAGGACACUAGGACUCCGAGAAACCUGGUUCUUUGGACUUCAGUACACGAUCAAGGAUACCGUGGCUUGGCUCAAAAUGGACAAGAAGGUUCUGGAUCAUGACGUUCCAACAGAGGAGCCGGUCACUUUUCACUUCCUUGCCAAAUUUUACCCUGAGAAUGCGGAGGAGGAGUUGGUUCAGGAGAUCACACAGCACUUGUUCUUUCUGCAGGUAAAGAAACAGAUUUUAGAUGAGAAGAUCUACUGUCCUCCUGAGGCAUCUGUGCUGCUGGCCUCCUAUGCCGUCCAAGCCAAGUAUGGUGAUUACGAUCCCACUGUUCAUCAGCGUGGCUUCUUAGCACAAGAGGAGUUGCUUCCAAAACGGGUAAUUAACCUGUACCAGAUGACUCCAGAAAUGUGGGAGGAAAGAAUAACAGCCUGGUAUGCAGAACAUCGAGGCAGGGCAAGAGAUGAAGCUGAAAUGGAAUAUUUGAAGAUCGCUCAGGACUUGGAGAUGUAUGGAGUAAACUACUUUGCAAUUAGGAAUAAGAAGGGCACCGAGCUGUUGCUUGGGGUUGAUGCACUGGGGCUUCACAUCUACGAUCCAGAAAACAGGCUGACCCCCAAAAUCUCUUUUCCAUGGAAUGAGAUCCGGAAUAUCUCUUACAGUGAUAAGGAGUUUACAAUUAAGCCACUGGACAAAAAGAUCGAUGUCUUUAAAUUCAAUUCAUCAAAGCUGCGUGUGAAUAAGCUGAUUCUUCAGCUGUGUAUUGGAAACCACGAUCUAUUCAUGAGGAGGAGGAAGGCAGACUCAUUGGAGGUCCAGCAGAUGAAAGCACAGGCCAGGGAGGAGAAGGCCAGAAAGCAGAUGGAACGACAGCGGCUGGCUCGAGAGAAGCAGAUGAGGGAAGAGGCAGAGCGAACAAGGGAUGAGUUGGAGAGGAGGCUGUUGCAGUUAAAGGAGGAGGCGACAAUGGCCAAUGAGGCUCUGAUGAGAUCUGAAGAGACAGCAGACUUGCUGGCUGAAAAAGCCCAGAUCACAGAAGAGGAAGCCAAGCUGCUGGCUCAGAAAGCAGCUGAGGCGGAGCAGGAGAUGCAGCGGAUCAAAGCCACGGCAAUCCGGACAGAGGAAGAGAAGCGGUUGAUGGAACAGAAGGUCCUGGAGGCAGAGAUGUUGGCAUUGAAGAUGGCAGAAGAAUCGGAGAGAAGGGCAAAGGAAGCUGAUCAGCUAAAGCAGGACCUUCAGGAGGCUCGAGAGUCUGAGCGGAGAGCAAAGCAGAAGCUCUUGGAGAUCACCAGCAAGUCGUCAUACACGCAGCCCAUGAACUCAGGUAUGACAGCGCUGCCUGCCGACCUGCCAAGCUUCAACCUCAUCAGUGAGAGCCUCUCCUUUGACUUCAAGGAUACAGACAUGAAGAGACUUUCCAUGGAAAUAGAGAAAGAGAAAGUGGAGUACAUGGAGAAGAGCAAGCACCUGCAGGAGCAACUGAAUGAGUUGAAGACUGAGAUUGAGGCGCUGAAACUGAAGGAGAGGGAGACAGCGCUGGAUAUACUGCACAACGAGAAUGCCGACCGAGGCAACAGCAAGCACAACACCAUUAAAAAGCCUCAAGCCCAGGGCAGAAGACCUAUCUGCAUUUGAGACUUCAAACUCACCUUGCAGAGCACCAAGUCCCGUGUGGCCUUCUUCGAGGAGCUCUAGGGGGUGACCCAACCAUCCUGC